AUGGCCGCCGUCUCACUGCUCAACGUUGCUGUGCGCAACAACCCUGCUCCCUUCACCUCACCCUACGAGUUCGAGAUCACCUUCGAAUGUCUUGAGAAGCUGGACAAGGAUCUUGAGUGGAAGCUCACCUAUGUCGGCUCUGCCACCUCCUCCGAGUACGACCAGGAGCUCGACUCUCUUCUUGUCGGUCCCAUCCCUGUCGGCGUCAACAAGUUCGUCUUUGAGGCAGACCCCCCAGACCUCAACCGCAUCCCCAACAGCGACAUUCUCGGCGUCACCGUCAUUCUCUUGACCUGCAGCUACGAUGGUCGCGAGUUCGUCCGUGUUGGCUACUACGUCAACAAUGAGUACACCGACGAGGCUCUCAUCGCCGAACCCCCUGCCAAGGCCGUCGUUGAGAAGGUCCGCCGCAGCAUCCUCGCCGAGAAGCCCCGUGUCACCCGCUUCGCCAUCAAGUGGGACAGCGAGGCCAGCGCUCCCGCCGAGUUCCCUCCUGAGCAGCCUGACGCCGACAACCAGGAAGACGAUGAGGCUGCAUACGGUGCUGAGGAGCUUGAAGAGGACGAGGCUGAAGCUGAGGGCGAGCCUGAAGUCAAGGAGGGUGAGGAUGCUGAGAUGGCUGAGGUCAACCCCGUUGAACAACCCAAGGAGGAGGACGAAGUCUCAGAUGCUGGCAGUGAGGACAUCGAAGCCGAGAGCAGCGCCAGCGAAGACGAAGAUGAAGAGGAGGAGGAAGGCGAAGGCGAAGCUGAGGGAGAAGCUGCCGACGAGAUGGAAACUGACACUGCUGCCCCUGCUACCGAGAAGCCCCAGCCUCCUCAGCAGCAGAGCGAUGUCAUGGUCCACUAG